UGACGUGCCGAGAAAUUCCGUCACGCGUCCACCCCAUCUCCAAAUCAAACGUAUUCCGACUGGCCUAUCGCAUAAAUGCGUGUAUGUUGCCGACACUUGACACACCGAAACACGGACCAAAAUUGAAUGAUCGAAUUGCAGUGCGCUGGGCGAAGGAGCGACACGAAGGACGAGCGGGACGCAGGACACGUGUGCGUGCCGGUGUGAGUGCGUGGGAUGGAAGAGGAAGCAGCCGCACUGGCCAGCCAUUCACCCACCAGCGCUGACGCAGUCGAGCCAGCUUCGAACGAAUUGGGCAAAAUUUAACUCACGCCGCCGGGACCAGAAAUUCACGGAGCCGGGAGCAGGAGCAGCAGGAUCAGAGCGAAUCAUCAACCACCAUGUAUCGGCUAGCGGUGCGAGAUCAGUGCAAGUGUGCCCUGCAGCGUACGCUGCAGCAGACGACCACAAACAACAGGCAGUUCAGCGGAAACAGCAGCAGCAGCAGCGGAAGUGGCAGCAGGGAGCAGGGCAGGAGGCAGCGGGGACACCAAGGAUACCAGGGCCUGCCGCCGCCACCGCAUAUGCGCGAAGCCGGCUUCGGCAAAGUGGUCCUCUUCGUCUCCCCCCUGGCAGCCGUCGGCGGAGUCAUCACCUACGCCAAAUACGACGAGGACUUCCGCAAACUGGUGGAAAAGAAUGUCCCCGGCGCAGGUUCAGUCAUCAAAGUGGCGCUGCAGGAGGAGCCGCCCUUCAAGGGCAUCACCAAGAACGUCAACGACCAGAUCGACAAGGUCAAGUCUGGCUUUGAGACGGUCACAUCCACCGUGGACUCUGUUACCUCCAAGGUGACGGGUCUCUUUGGCGGCGGCAGCGGCGAUGACAAGUCCAAGAAGGCCAAAGUAGAGCCAGUGAAGGUCGCUCCCGCCGAGGAAAAGAAAGCCUCCAAGGCGACCGAAGUCAGCAAGACUGAAGCGAAGCCAGUGUCGAAAGCCGAGAAGCCAGCCGCCGCGCCGGCGCCCGUCGCUAAGCCCAAGGAAGAACCACUGCCCCGCGAGGUCGUCGAACUGGAGAAGGCCAUCGAGCUCGCUGCCCAGCUGGCCGUCAAGGAGUACAACAGCGCCAUUGGCGUGCUGAAGGGCUUCAAUGAUGACGUUCGCAAGGUGGUGGACAAGGCGGUCGAGAACGGAGAGAACUCUCAGUGGACAACCCUGAAGAAUCGUGCGAGUGCUCGGGAUACGGCGGUGUCUACUGCUGAACGAGCAGCGCGUGAGGCCCAGGAGAAGAUUGUUGCCUGCGAGAUCGCCCUGAGUGCUGCGGCAACGGCACAAAACGCCAAGAAAGUUGAGGCGGUGCGCGACAAGAUCAAGAAGCUGGUGGACCACAUUGGCAACGUCAAGGACGAGCUCUACCGGCACAAGGACACUGCCAGCGUGUCAGACAAGUACUGGCGCAAUGUGGAGAAGGCGCGCAACUACUUCAUCGACGAGAUCGAGUCCAUUUUCCCCGGCCUCAGCCUGGCGGACAAGAAGCUCAAUCUGUCCAAGGAGGACCUCGACUUGUUCAUCCUGCACGCGUACACCCACGUCCUGGCCUACCAGAAGGAGCUGCAGCGCCUGCAAACCGAUGGUGAACUGCGCCUGAAACGGGCCAUUGACUCGGUACGCGGCGAUAACGACUCAGAGGCUCUGCGCGCCCAGUUGGAAUACCAUUUGGAGGCCGAGCGUCGCAAGCUCGCUGUGGAGAACCAGAAGAAAAUCUUCCACAUCCACGCCGAGUCCGACAAGCUGCUGCGCUUGCAGCUCAAAAAGCAAGCCGAGGCCCAUGCCGAUCACAUCAAGGACAUCGUGGCCCAGCGGGAGACGGAUCUCACGCGGAGCUUCAAGCGCGAGCUGGAGGAUAAGCUGGCCUCCGAGAAGGCCAACUAUAAGCUGCAGUUGGCCGCCAUGCUGGGCAAGCUGCGCGGCAUGGACGCAGCUCUAGCAGAACGCGCUGAUGCAGAGCGUACUGCCAAUCAGGCGCAGGCCUUGUGGGCUGCCUGCCAAGCUCUGUGGGCCUCCGUGCGCACUGCCACUCCUGGCGUGCACUACAAGGAGAAGCUGCGUCCCCUGAAGAACGAGCUCAACGCCAUUGCCAAGGUGGCUAAGGGCGACGAUCUGGUGGCAGCCGUGCUGCAGAGCGUGCCACAGGAGGCUCAGGAGCGUGGUGUCUAUCCCGAGGAGGCUCUGCGCGAGCGAUUCCUGAACGUGGAGCGCGUGGCGCGACGUCUGGCCCUGGUGCCAGAGGAUGGAGCCGGCCUGCCCAUCUAUUUCCUGUCCUAUCUGCAAUCGCUGUUCAUUCUGCGACCCGAUAAUCCCAUUUCCAAGGACGAACUCGAGAACAAACCCUUCGACUACAGCAAACUGGACACCUACGAUAUCCUAAACAGGGCCAGGUACCAUGUCGAUCGUAGCGACUUCCUGCAGGCGCUCAAGUACAUGAACCUGCUGCAGGGUGCGUCCCGCAAGAUCGCCGGCGACUGGAUCAAGGAGGCCCGGCUCAUGCUGGAGACGCAGCAAGCGGCCAACACCCUGAUGGCCCACGCAGCUGCCAGCGGCCUUCUGUAUUUGUAGACUACGUCCCAUUUCCCCUUCCUCCCGAAACAAGAAGAUACACUUAUUAUUUGUUAUUAGUCCAGGAGAAGACGGAGCGACAGCCACUAAAACGGAAAUGAGAAACAGCAAUAUGUAAUUUGUCCAAUUAGAGAUCACAGUUGAAAAUACUUAUAUAUAUUUGUAACAUUUUGUUUAGCUUCAAUUAUACAAAUUAUAUAUAGAGAAAGCCAUUAUUAAAUCCGCAAACAAACGA